AUGGGGCGCGCAAACGGCCUGAACGCUGAGCACCCCUAUGGCUUCCUGCGCAAGCACGCCAAGGAGCCCGUGCUGCCUGAGCCGACGGCGCCCACCGUUCUCAAGCACAAGGUCAAGCCGCCGGUCCCGCUGCGCAGCGAAGUGCCGGUGAUGGGACUCAUGAGCGACAAAGACUGGGUUGUGGCCAAUGCAGUAGAGGCCAUUGCCAGCCGGCCGUGUCAAAAGGGGGCUUCGGUGAAAGGCGGCAAGCAGCUGGAGAUAAACUACACGCAACGGCCAGGUUUCGGCAAGGUGCCCACGUACCUGCGGCGCAACAAGGCGGCGAUUGCAGACGAGCAGCAGCAGAUCGAGACGUUCAUGGGCGUGCGCGACCAUACGGAGGGUGAUGACGGCGUGGCGCAGCCUAUGAGCGCCGAGGAGCGCUGCGAGCUGCUGGCGCACCUCAAGGCCAAGUGGGCAGCUUUCAACGCGGCCUACCUCAAGUUUGGGUUUGUGCUGGACAUCGAGUCCAAGAUCAGGAGGAAGGAGGCGCUAGAGGGGGAGCUUGCUGCAAUUGAGGCCGACAUAAAGCUGCUGCAGCGCGGCGAUGUCGUGUUGGUUCGCGUUGCCAAGGCCUUUAUGGACAUGAUGGAAGGCUAUAGGAUCCCCCUGGCAAGCGCACUUGGUACAGCCCUGUUCAACGAGCCAAUUGUAAGCAGAGGUUCGGGUGGCCUGGUGCUGGUGCGCGACAUUGACUUCGCGUCGACGUCUGAGGAGACGCUGCUCCCCUUCCACGGGAGGUGCCACAUCGCCUACGUCCCCUCCAAUGGCGUCGUUCUGGGCCUCAGCAAGCUGGCGCGGCUCGCCAAGCUGGCCGCGCGACGUGUCCAGACCCAGGAGACGCUUGCACAGCGUGUGCUGCAUGCGCUGUGCGACGCGCUGCGGCCCCAGGGUGUUGCAGUGAUCAUACAUGCGCGGCACCUGUCCUAUGCAUCGACCGCACCACUGGAGCGGUUGACUGCAGCGGUCGCCGGCUCCUGUGCAGGCAGCAGCAGCGGCAGCAGCACCGGGGAGCUGCUGGGAGAGGUCCUGGCGAUGCUGGAUGUCGACCCAGAUGAGCUCGCAGCCGCGGGUCGCCCUCUGCAGCUCCUCGAAGCCAGCUCGCACCAGAAGAAGGUCCAGCAGCAGCAUAGCGGCAGUGGCGCGGGUGGUCGGUCAAGCAUGCAGCGCACGGCCUCGAGCAGCGGCAGCGAUAGCCCCAUGGCGCCCGUCACACCGGACCCCUCAGAGCACGACGACGAGGCGCUGUCGGCGGGCUUUUGCGAGGGAGCGAGUGAGGCUGGGGGUGCGUCGUCGCUGGCGUGCAGCUCGUGUGACGACGGCGACGCCGCGGCAGAGGGCAUGGAGGCCGCCGUGGCAACGCUGCUGGCCGAGGCCGGCGUAAACGACGUCGCCUCUCCUGCGCUGCAGGCGGGUGUGAGACGCUACGUAAUGUCGCUGCUGGCCUCCACCAGCGGCUACCACCAGGAGGCCCCGUUGGCUUCGCCUCGGCUGCAGGUUGGGUGUGGCUGCACAUGCGAAGGGGAUGGGCAGCCACAGCAGCACCGGCGGCGGCAGCAGCAGCAGCAGCAGCAGCAGCAGCAGCAGCAGGAGCAGCAGGAGCAGCGAGCCUGCUCGGCAGCGGUGCCGCCGCCCUCAGCGGCAGUGGCUUCAGCGACCUACACUUGGCGCGAGCACCAUGUGCGGUUUGUGUCGCAGUGUGAGCACCACAUGCUCCCGUUCUACGGGAGCGUGCACAUUGCCUACAUCCCGGCCUGCCAUGGCUGCGAGGCUCAUAAGGGCAUGUCGCAUGACCAGGCGGAGCAGGUCGUGGCAGCAUACACACAGCGCUUGCAGGUGCAGGAGCGCAUAACGCAGCAGGUGGCCGACGCGGUGUCGGCGCUAACUGGUGCGAGCGGCGUGGUUGUAGCAGUGCGUGCGGCACACAUGUGCAUGGUCGCGCGCGGUGUGGAGAACCAUGCAGGCUCGACGAUCACGCGCACCGCCAGUGGCGAGUUUGAGCUGCGGCCGGAGUUGAGGGCGCGCUUUUUGCGCGCAGUUGCGGUGCGCAGCGAGGCCAGCGCCUGCGGCAGCGCACCUGAGGCCACUUGCGGCUGCGGCUGCUGA